AACCCGGGUACGGCGUCAUACCGCAAAUCGCCCCCGCUCAACGGAGGAGGUUGAUUUGAUAUCUCUCUAUCUAUCUUAUAUCAGAAACGCUACCGGCGGCGGACUAAUUUUACGGAAGACGGAGCUGGAAGCAGCUGCUUUUUCUGUUUCACCGUCUGAUUGGAUCCUUCUCCUCUCCAACGUCCCGUUGUGGUUGGUUGUGCAUUUGUAAAUUCGCAGGUUUGGUUAUUAUCAAAACCAUGGUUCUUGAUGGGAUUGUAUCUUCACCGUUAAGGAGACACCAGUCUCUAAAGAAGCAGUGGGAAGAUUUGGGCAGCUGCUCCACCGUUAUCAACAGGCAUCGAUAUCUUUUAACAGCUUUGCUUCUUUUGGCCUUCCUUUGCACUGUUUAUCUAUACUUCGCUGUUACUUUAGGUUCUAGACACUCCUCGUGCUAUGGCUUGACCGGGAAAGACAAGGCAGUGUGUCAAUUUCAACAUGUCCAAGCUAUCUCUAAAGGGAAACUCAAAUUCUUCUAGAGUUGUCAUGGAGCCAAAGCUGAAACCCCACCUUAUUCUUAUUGAUCUCCAACAUUAAUUUUUUAAAAAUUGAUUGUACAAUGCCAUUUGUGUGUAUUAUUAUUAUUACAUGGUGAAAAACCCUGAGACAUAUCAUAAUUGAAAAGAUCAAAGCAAUUUCUUUUAUGAGAUGAGAAGAAAUAUUUGCAGUGUUUCGAGAAGUUGAUCACCAUGUUUGUAGAGGAUCCAGAGGCUCAACAUUAGGUGUCGGGGAUGUGUUACAAUACGUAGAUGCUGCAGCAGUCGCACCAACGUCCACGGUCUCGUUUAUUUUGAGUUCCAUGGCUUGAUCAUCUUCGUCCUCAAUAUAAAUCUAUUGAGUCAUAAGAAGAAGAGCUACCUCUCUGUUGUGAGAACAGAGUACUCUGCUCAGAGAGAGAAGCAGGCCGAAGAUACAAUACAUUUGAUGACGUUAGAGCAGAAAAUAC